ACAUUCACUCCACUUGCUCCCACUGCCAGUUUCCAGCACAUCUGUUCAUCAUGGGUAAAGGGUUCUUUAUUAGUAAAACGGUCGGGAUCGUCGGGAUCGUGUUGGGCGCUGGAGCUGUGGCCACCAUCAUUGCCCUCUCUGUCGUUUACUCUCAAGAAAAAUCCAAAAACAAAGAGUUAGAGAUAAAACCCACUGAAGCAACAACAACAACAACAACAACAACAACAACAGGACCAACAACAACAACAAUCCAGUCAACCACAUCAGCAUCCAAUGAAGUAUGGGAUAAAUAUCGUCUCCCUGAUACUCUUAUCCCAGAGUCUUACGAUGUCACGUUAUGGCCACGUCUCAAACCGGACUCCACAGGCCUCUACAUCUUCACGGGAAACUCCACCGUGGUGUUCAAGUGUGUGAAGGAGACGGAUCUGAUCCUGAUUCACUCCAACAAGCUGAACCUGACGGCUGACACCACACUGAGCGCGCUCAAUGGCUCUCCUGCACCGUCCAUCACGUCCAUGCAAACCAUCAGCAAAACUCAGUAUCUCGUUUUCCACCUGAGUGAGAAAUUAAAAGCAGGAGAGUGGUACAAACUCCACACCGAGUUCGUAGGGGAACUCGCCGACGAUCUGGGAGGAUUCUACAGGAGCGAGUACGAAGUAAAUGGAGUAAAGCACGUGGUGGCCACGACACAGAUGCAGCCUACAGAUGCCCGGAAAGCGUUCCCUUGUUUUGAUGAACCUGCAAUGAAAGCUGUUUUUAAUAUCACUCUGCUGCAUGACCCAGAAACCAUCGCACUUUCCAAUGGCAGGGAAAUUGAGUCAGUUAAAGUGACUGAAGGUGGUGAGACGCUCAAUAAAACACGAUUUGAAUCUACCGAGAGAAUGUCAACAUACUUGCUGGCGUUUAUUGUCAGUGAUUUUAAAGCGAUUGAGAAAAUGGAAGGCGAAGUUUUGAUUCGUAUUUUUGCCCGUAAGGAGGCCAUCGAUGCAGGUCACGGACAAUACGCACUGAACAUCACGGGCAGGAUCCUGAAAUUCUUUGAAAACUAUUAUAAUGCCUCUUACCCACUUUCCAAAUCAGAUCAGAUAGCUCUGCCGGACUUUAACGCUGGUGCGAUGGAGAACUGGGGUUUGAUCACGUACAGAGAAACAGCUCUGCUCUACGACAGUGAAGUGUCCUCUAACGGGAAUAAAGAGCGAGUCACCACCAUCAUCGCUCACGAACUCGCACACAUGUGGUUUGGGAAUCUGGUAACUAUCAAAUGGUGGAACGAUCUCUGGCUGAACGAAGGUUUCGCCUCCUACGUUGAAUAUCUCGGAGCCGACAAUGCUGAACCUGAUUGGAAUAUUAAAGACCUGAUCGUACUGUACGACGUGCACAGAGUUUUCGCCGUGGAUGCUCUGGCCUCCUCCCACCCGCUGUCCUCUAGAGAAGAUGAAGUCCUGAGACCAGAGCAGAUCAGCGAGGUGUUCGACGCCAUCUCCUACAGCAAGGGGGCGUCGGUGUUGAGGAUGCUCUCGGAUUUCCUGACUGAAGCUGUUUUUGUGAAAGGCCUCAGUAGCUACCUCAAUCACUUCAAGUUUGAAAACACGGUGUACACAGACCUUUGGGAUCAUCUUCAACAGGCUGUAAACGCCACUGGAACAAAUCUCCCAGCGAAAAUUAGUGACAUCAUGGACCGCUGGGUUCUUCAGAUGGGUUUCCCAGUGGUGACGAUUGACACAGCGACAGGAAAGCUAACUCAGAGUCAUUUCCUCCUGGAUCCCGAGUCUGUCGUGGACCGACCAUCUCCAUUCAACUAUGAGUGGAUUGUGCCUAUUCAGUGGAUGAAAACUGGAGCUCAGCAGAACAUCUACUGGAUGAUGAACAAAAACACUGAAAACAAUGAGAUGAAAGUUUCUGGUUCUGAUUGGCUGGUGGCCAACCUCAACGUGUCGGGAUACUACAGAGUGAACUACGACAUGGGGAACUGGAACAACCUGCUGAGAUUACUCCUGACGUCUCAUGAGAGCAUUGCUGUGAUUAACCGAGCCCAGAUUAUAGAUGAUGCUUUUAAUCUUGCAAGGGCGAGAAUUAUUCAAACCACGCUGGCUCUGAAUACUACAGUGUAUUUAUCAAAGGAGAGAGAAUACAUGCCCUGGAAAUCAGCACUGGACAAUCUGGACUAUUUCUACCUUAUGUUUGAUCGUACGGAGAUUUACGGCCCCCUGCAGGCUUACAUAAAGCAACAAGUGGAGCCACUUUUCCUGUACUUUAAAACCAUCACUAGGAACUUUACAGAGGUCCCCGCUGGUCACAUGGAUCAGUAUAACGAGGUGAACGCUCUUCGCAUGGCCUGCAGCUCUGGAGUGGAGGAAUGCAACACUCUUGUUCAGAAGUGGUUUGAAGAGUGGAGGAAUAACCCAAGCAUCAACCCGAUUCACCCUAACCUGAGGUCGACGGUGUACUGCCAAGCCAUCGCUGCAGGGGGCGCCACAGAGUGGGACUUCGCCUGGGCCAUGUUUCAGAGCGCCACCAUCGCCACCGAGGCCGAUAAACUGAGAGCUGCCAUGGCGUGCAGUACCACACCCUGGAUCCUCAACCGGUAUCUGAAAUACACACUGGAUCCAACAAAGAUCCGUAAACAGGACGCGACAUCUACAAUCAUCUACGUAGCGAAUAACGUGGUGGGUCAGCCGCUAGCCUGGGACUUCAUUAGAGCUAACUGGGAGUACAUCUACAGAGAGUACGGCGGGGGAUCGUUCUCCUUCGCUAAUUUAAUCAACGGCGUCACCAAACGCUUCUCUACUGAGUUUGACCUCAAACAGUUGGAGCAGUUCAGAAACGAUAAUGAACACAUCGGAUUCGGUUCUGGUUCCAUGGCCAUCGAUCAGUCCAUCGAGAGGACGAAGGCCAACAUCAAGUGGCUCACACAGAACAAGGACGAGGUGGAGGCGUGGCUCAAGGCGGCGAUUUAAUAAUAAACACACUCACACACACUCACACACACACACACACACACACACACAAUCACACUCACACACUCACACACACAAUCAUGCUCACACACUCACACACACACACACACACACUGGUAAAUGAGACAAACUGGUUUAUUUAUUUGUCAUAUGCUGAUAUUUCCCAGAAGUCUUUUUUUUUAUCCAGUGAUCAUCUUUAUCACUAAUUAGUUAGUGAUUUCACUAAUAACACAAACAUGGUUUUAUUUUAAAUAUUUGAUUUUAAUUUUAAGUAACUGCUUUUGUGUUAAAUGACUGACGCACUGAAAUCUUCCAUUUCUGUUAAGAUGCAGAAUCAAAUAAACCAAAUAUUUUUCUUUUCAAA